AAAAGGAAAUAAAUGUUGAAACGACCUCUUUCAUGAUUUGAGUUCAACCACUCAUGUAUGGACAUUACAUUCCUUCUGCAACAAUUCUAACCUUAUCAUCUCAUCCUCCUUUCAUUCCUUCCUUUUCUACUGUUCCAAAUGAUCCUCAUCCUCAUCUAACUCUUUGUUCUUCAUGCAAAAAAAAAUGAGUGGGUUAAGCUAUUUGAAGGUCGAUCUGGAGUAAAAUAGCACACAUUUAUACAGGCCUUAUCUAUUUGUAGAGUAUUUGUAAUACAAUUUUCACAGGUGUUUGCAGUUAUGGUGAGUGAUAAUCAGUCGUCAUUCUGCAUGGGAGAAAGAAAGAUAGGAGAUGGCGUGAGUGGAAAACAACAAUUGAAAUCUGCAGGAAAUGUAACAGAUAUUUCUAGUGCUUUGACAGUUGUUACAACUAAGAGCAACACAACUACUGAUAAAGGAGGAGGAAUGGAGCUUCUUGAUAAUGGAGAAGAAGGAGAAGAUGGCCACAUAACUCCCAAGUCUGAGAAACACAAGAUACCUGCAAUGACUUUCUGUCCUCCUCCACCAUUAAAGAGAAAGCCUGCAAGAAAGAGAAGGCCUGCAGUGCCUCCAGGAACCUUGCACAUUCCUUCUGAUUUUCCCGAUUUGGAUCUCUUAUUUGGUUUAGAUUCAAAGUCCACACCACAACAUAAGAAGAAAAAACAGAAAAAUUAGAAAAACAGUAGUUCUCUAUUUUUAGUUGGUUCAACUUCAGAUCCAAAGUCCACGCUCCAUAUUUAUGUCAUCCACAGAAGAACAGUAUAAAUAUGGCUUGUAAUGACUGUCUUGAGGUAAAUGACAGCAGUAGCUCCAAAAACAAUUGUAAUAAUCUAUACCAUGUUUCUGAGGGUAUCCUGAGGUUUCCUGUGGACUGAAUUUAGACCAUACUGUUCUGUGUUUAUAGUUUAAUCUGAUGAUACAAAAAACUAGAAAUAUUUGUGGGAGAUUUUCUAAUUUAUGUAAAAAAUCAACCCACAAGACGCUUGUGAAAAAUCAGAUGGAGCAAAACAUUUUU